AUGAAGACAUAUCAGCCAGGUGGACUGGUAGAGCGGGGGGAGCUGCUGAAGGGACUGACGAAUUUGGAUAUCAGCAGUGACGCGCCCACCGCUGUGGGCAUUCUCCAGAAAUGGUGCCGGCAUUUGGAUCGGGCGAAAUCCAUGCAGAUCUCAGUGCCAGACAGCUCUUUGUUGCUUCAGGGGAUUGAUAAGAGUGUGCAGGUCUUGCUGCAGUCGCACCCGUCCCUUUCGUUCCGGAUGUAUGCGGUUCGAAUGCAGUUGCAGCUUGAUACGGUUCCUGACCACAAUCGUGUAGAGGAAUAUGUGGCUGCAUUGCUUGCUGAGUUCGAAUUGUUAGCGGUUGCAAUGCCUGACUCGUCGGCUAAACGCCAGAGGGUUGCUGCUGUGGACAAGGGUAAAGGAUCACAUGCCAAAGCAGAGUGCACUGCUCCAGGGGGCGGCAGCGCUCAGAAGGGGUCGGGAUCCGAGGCACCAAAGGGUAAGGGCAAGCCAUCUGGGGGUGACUCCAAGGGAGGUGCCAAGCCGGGAGCAGCCAAUGCCAAAGCACCGCCUUCCAAGCCCUCCAGCGCGGGAAAGGGUACGAGUGGCUUGUCUGAGGAGGCUAUCAAGGAAGCAGCUCAGCUUUUGCAAAGUCUUAGGUUGGCAUCAUUGUCCUCUCAGGUGCGGCCGCUUGCUAGCAUGCUGUGUCGGGUUCAGAGUGGUGAGCCAAAGGGUCUGAUAGACGGCGGCGCUACAACUUGUUUGCGAACAGCGAGGCAUGAGGAGUUGCAUCUCCCCGAGAUUCAAUUGAAACUAGCAUAUGGGGAGUGUACGCUACUGAUGAAUGAAGCUGGAGUCCUGCUGAGUAGAAGCCCGGUAUCUCCAAUAGUUUCAGUCAGGGCGGUGCUUAGCCUAGGCUACAAGCUGGAGUGGAACAAUGCAGUUUGCAGAAUCUGGCAUCCGGUUGAGGGUGAUCUUGAUGUGGAUGUUCAGUCGGGAUGUCCAGAGAUUUCAGAAACACAGGCAUUGGAUCUGAUUGAUCGCUUUGAGCAGCUUGUGCACCAAACUGCAAAUCGGGAGGCCCGGAUGAGCUGCCUUAUGAGGGACAUGAUUGAUUUGAGUAAGUCAGACCUGGCAGCCUUGAUCAUUCAAAGAGACGUUCAGGCAGAUGCUGCUUUGAGGAAGCUUGUAGGGAAUGUGUUCGCGGAUACCCCUCAGGAGCUGCUUGAUCAUGCGGUAGCUUCAACUCAGGAUCAGGUUGCAGAGACAUUCACGUGGAAUCGACGAAUGCGACGUCGGUUUGAGAGGUCCAGCGGCUUAGUUGUUCAUCUGUUUUCGGGGGAAGCCCGUAAGGCCUUUGACCUUGUGUCAGAGAAGCAUGGCUAUGCGCACGUGCCAGUGGAUUCUGCUGAGGAUCUUCUGUCAGACUGCACUUACCAAUUCUUGAUGAGACAGGCUGCGCGAGGUAGGGUCAGGGCCAUUGUGGGUGUGCCACCGGGCAGAACAUUCGCACCUUGUCGUUAUACUGGGGAUAAUGCAGAGGGUCUUAGGCCAAUCCGUGUCAGGGGUGAGAGCCUGGGAGCAUAUGGCAUUGAGGACUUGAGUUGUCAGGAAUUGGCGCAGCGUGGGACAGUGGGUCUUCUUAUGCGCCAGUGUGUAAAACCGGAGCAAGGAUAUGCUUCAUUGUGGGCCACACCUGAGUGGUUGGCUGGCUUUCAGUCUCGUCCGUGCACUAAAGGCAAGGAGUUGGCCUGGUCUGAAUGGUCGCCGGGAUUACUGCUGGCGGUAAACAACAUGCUGGGUAGGGCGUUUGCUGAGGCUAAGUCGGCCAGCAAGGCACAGGUCAGAUCGAUAGAUUCUGGUUUCAUAGAGCACCUUCGCAAUAAUCACACGCCAUUUCGCAGAGAUUGCAAGCAGUGCAUUCGCGGCGGGGCCAGACACAAGCAGCAUAGGAAAGUCCUUGCCCCACAGGGUUGGUGCAUGAGUAUAGAUACGGCCGGACCAUUUCCAAAGGGGCUAGAUGAGAAUACCACCGCUGCCAAAUACCUGAUUGUUGCAGUUCUGUCAGUUCCUAUUCUGUCGGUAAAAGGGGAAAGUGUGGAUGAACCUGCCGAUAGGGACCCACAGCUUGAUCUUCAAGAGUUUGCGGAAUCUCUAGAUGAUCGGGAAUGGUUUGUAGAAAGGGGUAUGGAACUGGAGGAACCACUCCCUGAGCCUACACAUCGUGAAAUUACUGAGUCGAAGGACUCCUGGGCUACAUGGGAGGCAGUAGUUCGGAAAAGUAGAAAGGAUUGGUUAGAAGAAGCCAAAACUCAGUUUCUUCCGAAAGUGGAGAUGAUAGACUUCGUAUACACUGAGGCUGUGGAUUCGAAGAAGCAACAAGUCGUUGCAGGUGCCAUUAGCCGUAUGUACGCACGAGCAAUAUCAGAUGGGUUGAGCGUCCAACGUAUCCAUACGGACAGGGGAAAGGAGUACCGGAACUCUGCAUUGGAUGCCUUCUGUCAAAAGCUCGGAGUUCAUCAUACAUACGCAAUGGCAGAGGAACACCAGACCAAUGGUCGCGCGGAGGGGGCUAUAUUGAAGAUCAAAAAUCGAACGAGGGCGAUCCUCGAAGGAUCAGGGCAAGAUGAUCUUUCAGAGUGGCCGUUGGCGGCGAAAUUGGCGUCGUAUCACUUGAGAUCUGAAGCUCGCAAGAAGUUGCGGAUGCCGUGUGAGCCGACAGUACCUUUCAAUACGGAAGUUGAAGUCUUGCAGAGGUCGUGGCGGCGUGGAGUUUGGAGUUCGAGAACUACCACGGCUGUCACAAAAUGUCCCUCUUCGGAAACCUCGAGGGGGUGGGUGGUGAAAACGGCCGAGGGCCAGCUGUUCACCACCAGCAGGCUUUUCCCUUCCAUUGAUGGCAACAGGAUACGAUUUAAAUACGAAGGUACCCCAUUGGAUUUGGAUGCACCGUCAGUUAGGAUCCGAGAGAAGGGCAGGGUUCGUAAGCUUGGCUCUUCAGUGGAUGGUGUUGUGUCUAAGAAUCCAGCAGAGCGUUUGGCAAGGUCCUUGUAUGAAGCAGGCAGUUGGGAGCCAAAGGACGUGGCGUCCCUUGCAGUUGCCAUGUCGAAGCACGUGACUUCCAAUAGUAGGGCUGUGGUCAAGGAUGAGUUUGAGGCAAGGAAACUUGAGUGCAACUUCUUGAGUGGGGCUUUUACUUAUAGUGGUUUGGCAGGGAUCCGCAGCUCAACCACUGAGUUCCCCUGGGUGACCAGAUACCUCUGCAGCUACUUGGCGCGCCACACAGAUGAGCCGUUCGCGGGUGUAGGUUUAGCCCUGAAUGUGGAUCACAAAUUGCAUCGAGAUGUUCACAAUCAGCGGGAGAUUGCCAAUGUGGUGUUGCCGAUCGUUAGUUCCGGGGGAGGCUUGUGGAUUCAAAGCCGUGAUGGACUUGAGCCGGUUGUAGAUGGACCCCAACGGGCGGAGACCCGAACACUUGAGAAUGGAACAGAGGUUGCGGGACAGGUCGUGACCUAUGAGUCGCACAAGCCCAUCAGUUUUCAUGCACAUGUGUGGCACGAGUCGGUUGCAUCAGAGGGGCCUCAGCUUCUCUUGUUUGGGUAUACGGCUCGGCAUCUCCACAAGUUGAAGCUGCCUGACCGGAAGGCUUUAUGGGAUGCAGGGUUCACUUAUGUGCCAGGCAAUAAAACUGAGUAUUGGGGUUAUAAAUCUUCCUCUGGGACAAUAGUUAGGUACCAUCCUGUGCCCCGUCGUCACAUGUAUGCUCCCACGGAUCAAGACCAGCUGCCCUUUGCGAGAUCGUGUAUUGGUGAUCUUCGGUUGUGCGUGCAACAGUUUUCUAACCGGGAAUCUCUUCGCAGCUUUCAUAAUUGGCGACAAGGCCGAGGGCGUGCGUCGGUCCAGAAGUGGACUGGUUGGUCGGCGUUCACACUGAGGUCUCAUGGCCCAUCCUGUGUCAGGAGUGGGGGGGGGGAUCCGCCGCAGGUUGACUCGCCGCAGUUUUUCGACAACAACCAGUCAGUGUUUGGAGAGGCUUGCGAACAUUCGGACGAUCGAAGCAACCUUGCAGAUUGUAGGGUGGGAGUGACGGAGGUUUCGCAUGUUGGUGAGAGGCUAGCAAUGAUGGUUCCGGUCGAGGUAGGUGCGCCAAGUUCGAAAUCGACCUCGAGGCAGUGUGCGGUGCGCAAUCAACAGGGUUUUGUUGCAGUACCAAGACCGCGGGCGAGAGCUAGGAGCUUGCCUAGGGGUAGUGGUUUAGGUCCGUGUGAUGGGUUUGGGUCUCAAGUAGAAGACUGUGGGUCACCGUCGGAUGGUAGUAGAGGCCGUGAUGCUGUGAAAGUGGGUGGGCCAAAGGGCCAUCGGACUGCCCUUUCUCCUGCGUCGGUUGUCCAUUGGGGUCGUAGGUAUGCGGUUCGGCACAGGAUUCAGAGCCUGAGAACUUCCACGACCGAGACGCAGGCUUGUGACCAAGGUCUGAGGGCAGCCGAGGUUGCCGGAAGCCAGCAUCCAGGUAUGAGGUGUGACACUUUGGUGAAUGGGAUGCUAGUUAAGUCUAUAGAGGUUGAGACUCGCCCUCUUUGGAAGACUACUGUGUGUGAUGAGUUUCCAGCGAAGUGUCCUAAAGGAGUUAUGUACCGAUGCUUGAGCCUUGAACUGACUCGCAUGAUUCAGGUGUUGAAGGGUGUUGAUCAAGGAGUAGUGGAUGAGGAUGGGGGUGACGGUGAUCUACUUCCAUGUGAGGUGCCCUGCGCGUCAAAAGGGCUCCGUCCUUGUGCCUCUGCAACUGACCUGGAUGGUGUUGAGUAUGUUCUGGAGCGGACCAGCUGGCCAAUGACAAAUGCAGUGGAUGAGGUGAUGAGUAAGCUGACCGUUGAGCAUCAGAGGCGGUGCUCAAUGUUGGAGGAUUUGAGCGAUGAUUUAGAGGGAUGGCUUCGGGAAUGUGAGGAUGGGCUGCUGGGUGAAAUUCAGAGCAUUGAGCGCGAGUUGGGUGAGCUGAGGAAGGUUGAGGUUCACGAACUCAGAAGCUUAGAAGGUGCAGCUGUAGCGUCCUUCACUGGACCUAGCCUCCAUAGUAUCCGUAAGUACUCGGUGUCGGAAGAGCCGAGCGAGCCUGAUGAAGACGUUCCUCCUCUUCAGACUAAGAUCAUUGCUUCAGAUCAAGUUCGAAAAGAGCUGCCGAAAUGGAUCCCUCCCAUGGCUGAGGAGUAUGAGGCGGUAGUGUCUAAGACCGAAGCUGUGGAGGAGCUAGAUGAUGAAGCGUAUCAGGCAUUGGUUGCAGAUCCUACAAUCGUCAUUGAACAGAUUCCGGGGAAGCUGGUAUAUGUUCAUAAACCUUCUGGGCGUCGGAAAGCUCGCAUUGUUGGCUGCGGCAACUACUGUGGUCAGAGUGGUGAAGGCGAUCGCUCGGAGCUGUACGCUAGCGGUGCAAGUGCAGAUACGCUUAGGCUUAUGCUGAGGAGAUGCGCCCUCGAGUCGGACUGGGUUUUGUGUUCGGUUGAUGUGCGCACGGCGUUCUUGAACGCCCCACUUCUGAGUGUGCAGAGAGGUGGUAAGCGGGUUGUAACUGUGGUUAGGGUGCCAAGCAUUCUUCGAGAGGCAGGGGUUACGAAGUGCAAAUUCUGGCAGGUGCGUAAAGCAUUGUACGGAUUAGCUUCGGCUCCUAAGUCCUGGGCUUGCCAUAGGGACAAGGUGAUUGCAGAGAUGCGUAUACCGUUUGGUAACGAUACCUUGAUUCUUGAAAAGGCUCCGGAGGAUGCUAAUCUGUUGCACAUUGUCAAAGUGUCGCCUGAACAUGGGCGAGAAGAGAAGCUAGGAGCCGUGGCGUUGUACGUGGACGAUAUCUUGAUUGGCUCGCGUAAGGAAGUCGUGGAAGUCGUCAUCCAAGCAUUGCAGAGUCGCUGGGAAUUGUCACCACCGGAAUGGGUGUCAGAAGCUGGGGAUCGCAUGAAGUUUGCAGGGUUCGAACUGGAAAGAACACCAGAGGGCAUACGUGUCCACCAGGAGAGCUACGUCCAGGACUUGUUGGAUCAGUACAGCGAUGAUAUUCCGGGUAUCGAACGAGUCCCAGCGAUCAAGAUAGUCAGUUCAGAAGAGGAGGUUGAUGAUGAGCAAAAGCGUCGCUUGGUUAAGCGAGCACAGACCUUGACUGGGCAGCUUCUCUGGGUAGCAAAUCGCACGAGGCCCGAUGUGGCUUAUGCGGUUAGCAUGGCUUCGCAGAGGAUUGUUCCUAAUCCGUCAGAGGCAGUUGCACGAGCAGAGCAUAUCAUCAAGUACCUUCGUGGAACGCCUAGUGUCGGGCUGCAUUACAAACCUGUGCAAGGUAAGUGGGGAAAAUGGAACCAGUUGAAGUUUCAGGAGACUGCAUUGUGCAUGGACGCUUUUUCUGAUGCUUCGUUUGCAGCUGAUGAGCAGAGUCGCAGUUAUGGUUGUAUUCAGUUGUUCUGGGGAGGUGCCUUGGUGGCUUGGUCAGCAAGUAGGCAGACGCUGAUUGCAUCCCAUACGGCUGAGUGUGAGCUGUAUUCACUUGCAGAGGCUCAUUUGCUUGGAAAGUGGAUGAGGCCAACUGUAGCGGCACUGAUGGACGUAUCAGAACGAACUGUCGAAGCGCACCUUUACUGUGACAACUCUGCAGCAAUACAAUUGUGUGUUCUUGAAUCGGGGUCGUGGAGAACUCGGCAUUUGAGACUCCGGGGCGCGGUAGUGCGUAGCGAUCUUGAUGACGGCUCAUGGACUCUGACCCAUGUGGAAGGGGUUUACAUGCCUGCAGACUUGGGAACGAAGCCGGUCGGCCCGGCUAGGCUCCAGGAUUUGAUAAAGAUUUGUGACUUGUGGGCACCAGGCAGUGGUGAUUCAGCAGAACCGCCUAGGCCGCAAGUUGCAGGAUUUGCUGUUGGACAGCAUGGUGUGAUCAAAGCUCUGCUUGCACUGUUGCUUGCCAUUCAAGUGUCUGGAGCUAAGGCGGUUAGUUUGCAGGACGAUCGCAGUAGCCCACUGCUGUUGUGGCAGAGUUUCAUUGUUGCAUCUACUGAGUCCUUGGAAACGGGGGAGCGGGAACGCUCAGCGGAAGAGCAGCUUCCAUUUCAAGCUGACCAAGAGCAUCUGUGGGAUCUGUAUGAGCAAUUGUAUGAAGAACAGGUUAGGGAAAAUAGACGGGUUGAGCUAGCUAGUGGUUCUUCUGGGUUGCCUGUGGAGUGGAGACCUUUGCCUGGACAUGUAGAUCCCGCGGGUUCACCAGAGGUGCUUGUGGCAGCAAGUGCGAGUUUCCCAGAUGCUCUGGAGGCGUAUUGGCAAGGACCUGAGCUUCAACAUGACUUGUAUUUGCAAGACCCUAGAAUUCCGCCGCCGGAUAUGGUAGCUAAUGCGAGAGCUCCCACUGUCCCGAUGCCCCCUGGAUAUCAUGACCUUAAUCGUGAGCGACCUGAGCAGCAGCAGAAUGGACCCGGGAACCGUUUCGGUUAUAUUGACGAUGAAGUCGAGAUCGGUAGCGCCGGGAUGGACUACAGAUUCGGGCAUGCCUCGUGGUCCAAGUCGGAGCAGUCGUAG